CUUUUAAAUCCAUACAUUUAAAAUUGUUUUCCAUUUUACAAUUCCUACUAGACAUUCAGUUCUACAUAUUUUUUAAAAUAAGAUGAAUAAUCAUAUUCACCUUAUUAAAUUUGAUUCCCACACAGAGAAGUAACCAAGCAUUUUAUUUUGUAUGGGUGAGAAAGAUGUUAGAAUUGUAGUCUGAAAAAGUUACAGUGUUUUAUUCAAGGUGCAGGACUGUUUGAGGGCCAAAUCUCAGAAAGAGCAUAGACAAUCAGUGCAAGGAUCAUUUAAUGCCCAUCGCUCUAAUAUAAUCUGAUCAAAUAAUCUGCAGUCUGAAUGUUUACCAGAAAAAAGAACAAUGAAAAGCCCAUUUUAAAUUAUUUAUGAUUAGAAAAAUAUUAUUUCUGAAAUAAGUAUUUUAAUCAAUUGGUAUUAUAUUUGGAAACAAAUGUGUGGUAUGAAUGACAACCACUGAAUGUUAUGGUAAAUCUGAAAGGGAGUUAACUCUUCUGUUUGCCCCUAUAAAGCAUUCGGCUUCCAGUAUGAAUAACUGUAACAUAACUGAGACACAUGGAAGCAUCUUUCAUCACAGUAGAUUUUAAUCUUUUCAGGAAUGAGUGAUGUGGAUGAGGACGAUUUGGACGAUGACAGUCUAAUGAUGGAUGAUCGAACAGACCCAAACCGAAUAGGUACACGGAGAGAGUCAUUGCCCUCUCAGGCUCAGUCACUUUACAUGCUUGAAAAGUCAUCAAAGAAGAAACUGAUAAUUCGAGAUGGUAAAAUUGUAGGACGCAUGAAGGCCCAGAGGAAGGAUAAAGGG